AUCAUGUUUGAACAAGACCAAUAUUUUCAUCAUGCUUAGUAGGUGUCAUGUAGAUCUACAGUAGACUUGGCCCUGCCUUUGGCUUCUGAAUCUUUAUACCUAUGUUAGUGCUACAGCAUUUAGCAUUUAGCAGCACGAAGUACUAGUAUUCUACAGCUUCGUCGUCGUCAACUGUGAUGAUGAAAGCCCACUGAUUGCUUGACAGUACUAAACAAGUAGCCAAGAUGGUGCGUUUCAGAGCAAAGCUGUUGGAUGUAGCAGGGAUUAUUCAUUUAUCCCGUGUGGUGGCGACGCUGUCAAAAGUGGCCAAGACAUGUGUGCUACGCCUUACACCGGACAAGGUUUUCUUCGUGCUGUCGGACCGCACGGCACAGGCAACCGGUAUGCGGAUAUGGUGCAAUCUGGAGCAGGGAAACUUCUUUGAUGAUUAUCGGAUAGAAGGCCGCGACGAAACGAACCAGAUUCUCCUGGAGCUGGUUACGGAGCAGCUGAGCAGAGCUCUGAAAACAGCACUGACUGCAGCAUCUGUCAAGAUCAAGCUGACUAAUAAGCACACGCCAUGUCUGACCUUGGAGAUCAAUACGCAAGCGUCAGCUACUCGCACCCGGUCAGUGACACACGAUAUACCAGCGACGCUUGUUCCGGCUAAGUUAUGGUCGGAUUUUGAGGAGCCACCCAUGCCUCGUUAUCAGGUCAGUAUAUGCUUGCCUGCACUGAAGACACUGCGGCAUGCUGUUGACAGAUUGAAGAAUCUCAGUAACUACCUGAUACUCUCUGCAAAUAACGUGGGCAAUUUCUCGCUCGAGGUGGAAACAGAUGAUGUAUCAGUUCGAACUCAGUUCAAGGAUCUCGAUAACCCAGUGGUGGAAAACUGCCCCGUCAGCGAACAGACAGGUGAUCCUGAACACAUGGUUUCAGCUCGGGUUGACAUUCGCAAGUUUGGACAGUUCCUUCAGGCGCAGCAAAUCAACCCAACGCGAAUCGUGUGCAAUAUUCUAGAGAACCGUGCCGUGCAUUGUUUUGUCCUGCACGACGACAUGCACUUACAGUACUUCCUCCCAGUCGUGGUCAGGUAGCACCAGAGCUUUGCGCAUCUAGCGUUGUUCAGCUUUGAGCCUCUAGCUUCUUUUGAGUUUCUCAGCACAGUAACGCACUCAAUGUCAAGUCCUCUGUUGUUCUCAAACUACCCGAAGUACUUUUCGGCACAAUUUGCUCAGCACCCGUGUAACAUUGCCAUCAAAUUCUGCGAUCCACACAAACCCUGCUCUAUGAAUCUUCCCCCUCCCCCCCGUUGACCACUUGUGAAUGAAAGUGCAUAGAGUUAGAACUGUCCAGUGAUUUGAUUCCUGGAAGACAGUUACAGCUCACUGAUGGCAUCCGAUGUAAGAAUAGGCAGGACUCUGUUGCCGCAUUCUACAGCUUGCUGUGCUUUACUGCCUGCUCAACCCUAGCUGACAUAUUUUUUUAAUUACCUGAACUCAUACUCAUCAUAGGAAACUAUGGAAACACUUCUGAUUUGUUCGUUUUAGGGAAGAAAUCUUGUUGUAGUCUUUGCUGCGUUCAAUCUGUUGAAGUCUGCAGACCAAUUGUAAUUCUAGCUGCAACAAGGCGUUGACUUUCUUUUUAUUCAUCUUUUUAUUGAGUAUGACUCUACUAGAAAUUGUUGAUCAUACAUAGUGAUGCUGAGUGAGCAAGAUACAAAGCUUGCACUUUUCAUCACAACCCUAGCAUAAGUGCAUAAUAAAAAUAACGAAUAUGAUAUCAUCAUAUUCGUAAUCUACCUGUACUCGUACUCGUAUGCUGCCAGUGUUCGAAUUAUUUGAGAAAUGAGCUGGCCUUACACUAGUUACAGUACGUCAUGUACGUGCCCUUUCAGUUUGUGUCAUGUCAAUGCAGGGCAUUUGAUUCAA